AUGUGCGAUACGGAACAAUUGUCAAGGAUUGAUUUAACGAUAUCUGUCAAACUAAUUCGGCUGAAUCACAUCUAUCUAUCUAUCUAUCUAUCUAUCUAUCUAUCUAUCUAUCUAUCCCAUUCUGUUAAUAUCUAUCUAUCUCACUCUGUUCAUAUCUUUCUAUCUAUCUAUCUAUCUAUCUAUCUAUCUAUCUAUCUAUUAUCUAUCUAUCUAUCUAUCUAUCUCACUCUGUUCAUAUAUAUCUAUCAUCUAUCUAUCUAUCUAUCUAUCUAUCUAUCUAUCUAUCUCAUUCUGUUAAUAUCUAUCUAUCUAUCUAUCUAUCUAUCUAUCUAUCUAUCUAUCUAUCAGUUGGCCCAUCUCUUCUCUCUCUCUCUCUCUCUCUCCCUCUCUUCCUUCGGUCAAUAUCUAUCUAUCUAUCUAUCUAUCUAUCUAUCUAUCUAUCUAAUUCUAUAUUCUAUCUUUCGUAUCUAUCUAUCUAUCUAUCUAUUCUUUUUAUGA